AUGGCGAGCCCAGCUAACCUCCCCCCUAUCUUCAACCCCACAUCCAAUGACAUUGAGAUGCUUCUAGCCGCUCAAUGCCAUUUGGGAUCCAAGAACUUGCAAGUUCACAUGGAACCAUACCUGUGGAAGACUCGUCCUGAUGGAAUCAAUGUGAUCAACAUCUCCAAGACCUGGGAGAAAAUUGUUCUUGCCGCCCGUAUCAUCGCAGCCAUUGAUAACCCCGCUGACAUCGUCGUCAUCUCCGCUCGCCCUUACGGUCAACGUGCUGUCCUCAAGUUCGCCGCACACACUGGAGCUGUCGCCAUCGCUGGUCGUUUCACCCCCGGUAACUUCACCAAUUACAUCACUCGCUCAUUCAAGGAGCCUCGCUUGAUCAUUGUUACCGAUCCCCGCACCGACGCUCAGGCUAUCAAGGAGGCUUCCUACGUCAACAUCCCCGUCAUCGCUCUUUGCGACACCGAUUCGCCCACCGAGUUCGUUGAUGUUGCUAUCCCCACCAACAACAAGGGUCGUCAUGCCAUCGGUCUGAUCUGGUGGUUGUUGGCACGAGAGGUCCUCCGUCUACGAGGCACCCUUGCAAACCGAGAGGUCGAGUGGGAUGUGGUUGUGGAUCUGUACUUCUACCGCGAUCCUGAGGCCGAGGAGCAAAAGGAGGAAGAGAAGGUACCAGGUGCUGACGAGGCAGGCCCAGCUGCUAUCGACCGUGGAUUCACCGACAACGCAGACUGGACCGGUGAGCCCGGUGCCGCUGCUCCUGGCAUUGAGGGCGCUGCUCAAGCUGACGCAAACUGGACCGAAGGCGCUGGUGGAGACUGGGCUCAAGAAACCGCUGCUCCCACUGCUCCCGCUACUGGCGGUGCAAGCGGCUGGUAA